ACGAACUCCUUCCUUAGGGUUUUAUCAUUUCCCUGUCUGUUAAUUCCUUUCUAUUUCUUCAUUCUCAUCCAUUAUUCGAUUCAACUAACAAUCCUUCGCCCGCCAAAAUCAAUUUAUGAAUUCUCAAUCAACAAACUCAUUUUCUUUUUGUUCUUUUCUCCUUUUUAUUUGGAGAUCAGGAUUUGACUAAUGACUAAUGAUUCCUGAAAAGGGAUUUUCUUACAUUUAUGUUUUUUGUUAUUGAUUGGAUGAUGAUGCUGACAAUCUGUAUUACUCUGAUAUCUUUAGUUGGUCGAUUUCAAUUUUUCUUUUUUCUUUUUUAAAAAAUAAAGAUGGAAUAUAUGGAAAUGGAAUUUACAUAGGAAUCAAGACUUCUUAUGUUUGCAGCUUUCUUUUAAUUUGUACAAUAGUUUAAUGUAGCUUUGUUAGUUUUUGUUCAAGAGUUAGUUACGUGAGUUGGAAAUCUGUUACCUGUUGAUUGAUCAUGUUUGUGCAUAACUUUUAGUUUAGGUGAAGUUUUCUUGAUAUUGUAUAUAAAGUUGAUCAGGACUCGAGGGCAUUAAUAUGUUCCAUCCAUAUUUGUACAAAAUAUGAUCAAGCUGGGAUUGGGGAGCGAUGGAAGUAUCAUUAAUGGAUCCUUAUGGGACCAAUCCUGGACCAAUUGAGAGCUCGGUUCUGUAUGACCAAGAGAAGCAUGUGUCCUCAGCAGUUUGGGAUGGGCAGGAGCGUGGUGCACUUAGGUGUCAUGAGCACACUUCCAAGCUUGAUCAGUGGACACUUACAGCCAAGCAAAUUGAACUAGUUGAGAGAGCUGGAUUUGGGUAUUUGAGGUUGAUUCCUGCUAUUAGUCUGGAUAACCCACUAAUCUCGGCUUUGGUUGAGAGGUGGAGAAGAGAAACAAAUACCUUCCACUUGAAUGUUGGAGAAUUGACUGUUACCCUGAAAGAUGUUGCCCUCUUACUUGGACUUGCAAUUGAUGGAGACCCUGUUAUUGGUCUAACAUAUACAACUUGCCACUCUGUAUGCGAGAGGUAUCUAGGCAGAGCACCAGAUCCUGGCUAUACGAGUGGUGGAAUGGUUAAGCUUAGUUGGUUGAAAGAGUUCUUUUCUCGGUGCCAUGAAGAUGCUUCAAUGGAAAUUGUUGAACGCCAUACACGUGCUUACCUUCUUUACCUUGUAGGCAGUACAAUAUUCUCCACUACAACUGGGAAUAAAGUACCAGUCAUGUACCUUCCCUUGUUUGAGAAUUUUGACCAGUGUGGGAAGUUUGCUUGGGGAGCAGCUGCUUUAUCAUUUUUGUACAGAGCUCUCGGGAAUGCUUCCUUAAGAUCACAAAGUACCAUCAGUGGUUGCCUAACCUUAUUGCAGUGUUGGAGUUAUUUUCACCUUAAUAUUGGGCGUCCAAAGCUAAAUCAUGAUCCAAUGCAUAAUCGCUUUCCGUUUGUGCUUAGAUGGAAGGGCAAACAAAGUGGUCCAACAGCAAACCGUGAUGUAGUAUUUUACCGAAAGGCUUUGGAUUCCUUGAAACCUUGUGAUGUGGAGUGGCUACCUUAUAGAAAUAUGGAUAGUAUGCUAAUUCCAGAAAACAUUAAAAGUUCUCUGAUACUUGGGAGGGCGAAGACUAUGCUGAUAUGCUUCGACAAGGCAGAGAGACAUCUACCUAGCCGUUGCUUAAGGCAGUAUGGUAUGCUUCAGGGAAUCCCAGAAGAUGUUCCACGGUGGGAAAGAAAAAGCAGGGGUGUUGAUGGAGGAGUUGACCUAUCAGCAAAAAUGGAAGUUGAACUUAAUGAAUGGAGAGACCGUGGACUCCAGAUUGUCGAUGGUGAUGAUAGUGUAGAUGAAAAUGAAUACAUGCAAUGGUACCUGAAAAUUACUCGUAGGUUUGUUGGGAGGCCUAUAUCUCUCUCGUCUGAGUUUCAAAGGACGAAUGCUGGUUUGAGGGAUAUUGCACACAUAGCAGAUACAUUCUCAACCAAAGGGUUGGAUCAGCAGCAAAUUGAUCUGAUUUCAAGGAUAAGAUACAUUGCACAUGAAUGUUUAAGAGACCAAGUUGGAGGUCCAAUUAUAUUGUCCUCCAUUCCCCAAAUCGAACUCGGUAAACGAAUUAGGGGAAAAGAGAGGGUCAGAAGGAAGGGUACAGGAAAACGUAUAAGGAAGGAGGACCAUUUGCAAUAUAAUGCAAUUAGUGAAGAUGAUCACUCUCAUUUUUGUGAUUCUGCCAUUGAGGUUGAUCAAUUACAACUCCAUCACAUGAAUAGAGAUCUGGAACAUCCGGAGUUAUGUUCUGUUGACUCGGAGGUUGAUCAUUUACCGCUGAUUCAUGAAGUUGAUGAGGAUGAUAGUAUGCAGUUAUGUGAGGCCAACAUAGGGGUUGACCAUUCUGACAUGAUACAUAAUGCUGCUGGGGGAAAUAUGGCUGAGUUAACCCAUGCUGAUAUUAAACUUGAUGAAGCUGAGCUAUGCGUCGCACCUAAGGAUGUUGAUGACCUGCAUUUAUCUGAUACUAUCAAUGAAGUUACAAAUACCCAGAUUUGUGGUGCAAUGGAUACUGGUGAUCCACCGCAUUUUUCUACAUCUAAGGAAGCCAAUUAUCAUUCAACCGAGGAUGUUAAUAUGCCAAAGUUUCCAGGCACAGGUAACAAUGUUGACAAUUCAGAGCUUUGCCAUGGCACUAUUAAGAGCUCUCCUCAGACAGGUGAACUAGCUGCUGAGAUUAUUUCAGAGUCAUCAUUUGUUGUACCUCACGAGGAUAUAAUGCAGAAAGGAAAUAACAAUAUUUACAUAAAACAAAGAUGAAUAUGCAGCAGCCCAAGGCUAGUGCUUAAAUUUUUUUAAGCUGUCUGAUGACCUUGGGAUGUAAAUUCUUUUGUACUGCAUAUUGGUAGGUUAAGAUACUACAUUUUUUGCCCCAUCAAUCGUAUUUGAGUACACAUGGAAGUAGUUGAAGCAAGUAGGAUAGCCCAAAAGGAAACAAUCGUUUGCUACCACUACUGGUGAGAAAAUCUUUUCUAUAGAAUCUCCAAUAAGUUGCAUCCUACAAUACAAUCACUGUAGGUAAUAUCUUCUUGAAGUUAUUUUCUGCUCUUGUUGCUGAAUGUUUUUCUAAACUGUGUUUGGGUCAGUCUGAAGAACUGCAGUAAACAGAUGGUCCAUUUUAGAUGUCAGUUUCUGCCCAAUUUUGCUGUUCAUUCCAGGAGUGUUUGAUUCCCUUUGUUGGUUUCUAAUAGCUCACCCCAAAUAUUUAUAUUAUAAACCCAUAAAAUAGACUCGAGUGUUCUUAUUUGAUUCUUCUGUUCUUCUCUCGUCUAUGGUGACUUCAGAUCAGAAAACAAAGAAAAAAAGAAAAAAGGUAAAGGGCCAAAGGGCCAAAGGGCCAAAGGGCCAAAGGGACCCAUAAAUCUGAUUGCAAAAGGACUCUCUCCCAGUUUCAGGGUCUGAUUUAUUUCUGGGUCAGAUUGUUAUAAGCCUGAAUUAAUUUGCAUUGUUUUGAGGCUACGUUCUUCAGAAGACCAAUAUUUCCUUUAUCCUGUUUUCUUGGUUGUCAUUUCACUCCAAGAAAUGUGGGAAUAGUGCUUAGCUUGUGGCAAUAGUGCUUAGCUAUCUGAAUCCACUUCUUGUUGUGACCAUAUUCAGCGUCUUUUGGGGCUUUCUUCAUAUCUAUUGAGCUAUAAGUUUUUGGCAGUUCACUAUUUUACUGUACAUAAUUUGUGCAAAGUUGAAUAUUCUUAUUUGGUUCUUGAAGUUGGAAAUCAUUGAUGUCCCUAAA